AUGGAGUCAAGAGCCUUCAUUCUGCUGAUGCUCUGCUGUUGUAUGAAUUUCUGCAACCUUUCUCCACUCAUUCGUCCCAGCAAUGGACUCAAUGAGUGUCAUAAAAACUCAAAUUUGGUUGCCCUGGAGGUUCUACCAGGUGGAGGUUGGGAUAACCUGCGCAACAUAGACAUGGGUCGAGUGAUGAAUCUGAGCUAUUCCCAGUGUCAGACCACAGAAGAUGGAGUCUAUCUCAUUCCAGAUGAAGUCUUUGUUAUUCCACAGAAAGAAAACACAGUGGAAACAAACUCUGAGAUGAUCAUGUCAUGGCUAGACCAGAAAAGCUCAACUUCAAGCUCCAUUAAUGCUGAUGUUUCCUUCUUCUCGUGGCUCAAUGGAAAAUUCUCCAGAGAACAUCAGCGUAUAAAAACCCACCAAGUUAAAGAGAGUUCUGUAACAUCACGAGUUCAAGUACGUAAUCGUCUCUACACGGUAAAGGCGUAUCCUAAUUUCCCUUUGGACUCCCGCUUUGCUCAACAAGUAGAGGAAAUUGCAGAUGCUAUUACAAACGAUCAAACACGUUUAGCAACUUACCUGUCAGAGAAACUCAUACUUGAUUACGGCACUCAUGUCAUCACAAGUGUUGAAGCUGGUGCCAGUUUGGUGCAAGAGGAUUAUUUAAAAAUGUCUUAUAUCCUGAAGAAUCAGUUAGACUUGUCUUCCGUUUCUGCAUCAGCCGGCUUUAACUUCUUUGACAAAGUUAAAUUAGAUCCUAGCUACAAUGGAGGUCAAAAAACCUCUCUAAACAGCAGUUAUCAGGGUAACAUCACAUACUCUUUAAUUCAGAGCCAUGGAGGAGCUUUAUUCUACCCAGGCAUGACUCUGCAGAAGUGGCAGGAAAGUACGCUCAAUAAUCUGGUGGCAAUUGACCGUUCUGGGCUGCCGCUGCACUAUUUUCUUAAUCCAUCAACAUUUCCAGACAUCUCAGAGGCUCUAGUACGCAAGUUAGCCUUGUCUGUUUCUCAGGCCGCAGAGCAAUACUAUAAAGUGAACACCAUUCCCGGUUGUGUAAAUGUAGAUUCCAAAAACUUCAACUUCCAGGCAAAUGUAGAUGAUGUCUCAUGUGAGGGUCCGAUCACCAAUCUUAGCUUUGGUGGCAUGUACCAACAAUGCACUCCAUUGACAAUAGAUGGAAGCACCAUCUGUGAUGAAAUGGCACAGAAAAACCCAGCCACCGGUGGUUAUUCUUGCUCUCAGAAGUACAACACCACCCUAUUACGUUCAGAGAUAAUAGAGAGAGGUUAUACUCGUUACGAAUGCCAAGACAACUGCCGUUCCUGUGGAUUCUUAGGGUGGUCUACUUGUUGUUCCCAAACAUGUAACAAUGUUAACUACAUCCGCCGUGCUAAAGUGGACACUCUCUGGUGUUACUCCACUCAGAAAAUUCCUGAGUAUUCUGGAUAUAUUUUUGGAGGUCUGUAUGGACCAUCGAUGCAAAAUCCAUUUACCAGAUCUUAUACGUGUCCUCCAAAUUUCUUUGUCCAACCAAUUCUAUCUAGAGCAAUAAUGGUUUGUUUGAGCAAUGAUUAUGUCAAAGCAACAAAAUCAGCUGUGCCUUUUGGUGGCUUCUUCAGCUGUCAAUCUGGCAACCCCCUCUCAAAUGGUGAAUCUCGUUGUCCGCCUCAGUUCAGUCAACAUCUCGCUGCAAUCAGUGAUGGUUGUCAGGUGUUGUACUGUGUUCAGUCUGGUGUAUUCAGUGGUGGUCAGUUAAAACCGGUCCUCCUUCCACCAUAUACAAGCCCACCACUGGUUGGUAUGACUGUGACAAACUCUGUGGUUGUAAUGACAGAUCUUAAUGGUUCUUUGGUGGGAGUUGGACAAUCAAGAAUGUGGCAACCGGCAAAUCCUGUUGAAAUUAAUCAAAUGUUUGUGCGGUCUGGAGGGAAAAAUGCUGGUGUAACUUAUGGCCUGAUACUCCUGAUUGCUCUUUUGGUGUCAGGAUCAGUUGUUUUCACAACCUGA